UUCGCGGUCUGUGCGCUCGUCGGCAGCAACAUCUGAACCGUCAUUUUACCGUGACUGGAGCGUGGCGGCUUCUUCUUUCUCUUUUGAUACGUGCGGGUUUCGUUACGGCUUAUUUUGGCGUUAGUUUGUGCGGGAGUUGAGCUGCUUAGCAGAGUCAGCAGCUAGCGGAUGACUGUCACAUGGACUGACGAGGUUCUCAGCUGCCUCGACCCAUCCCAGCCUUCACUGUCUCCGAACCCUGUUCUGUGUUUAACGGAAGAAACGCCCCAAACAACUAAGUGAAUUUGAAUAAAUAGUAUCCGCCAAGUGACGCCUGUCUGAGGAUGCAAGAGGAAGCAGCCAGCCUUAGCCGCUAGCUUGCAUAACAGGUGACACCUGAAAAGAUCCCAACAGCGGGAUGGACAGCUGCAGUCUGGCCGUGCAGCUGGCAGCAGUCAGGGAGAGUGUCCUGAUCAUCUCCACUGACCCGGCCCACAACAUCUCUGACGCCUUUGACCAGAAGUUCUCAAAGGUCCCCACUAAGGUUAAAGGCUAUGACAACCUGUUCGCCAUGGAGAUUGACCCCAGCCUGGGCGUGGCGGAGCUGCCCGACGAGUUCUUUGAGGAGGACAACAUGCUCAGCAUGGGCAAGAAGAUGAUGCAGGAGGCCAUGAGCGCGUUUCCCGGGAUCGAUGAGGCCAUGAGCUACGCAGAGGUCAUGAGGCUGGUGAAAGGAAUGAACUUCUCGGUGGUGGUUUUCGACACCGCCCCCACUGGCCACACGCUGCGCCUGCUGAACUUCCCCACCAUCGUGGAGCGAGGGCUGGGCCGCCUCAUGCAGAUCAAGAACCAGAUCAGCCCCUUCAUUUCUCAGAUGUGCAACAUGCUGGGUCUGGGGGACAUGAACGCAGACCAGCUGGCCUCCAAGCUGGAGGAAACGCUGCCGGUCAUCCGCUCGGUCAGCGAGCAGUUCAAAGACCCUGAGCAGACCACCUUCAUCUGCGUGUGCAUCGCCGAGUUCCUCUCCCUCUACGAGACGGAGCGGCUCAUCCAGGAGCUGGCCAAGUGCCGCAUCGACACGCACAACAUCAUCGUGAACCAGCUGGUGUUCCCCGACGCCGAGAAGCCCUGCAGGAUGUGUGAAGCCCGCCAUAAAAUCCAGUCCAAGUAUUUAGAUCAGAUGGAGGACCUUUAUGAAGAUUUCCACAUAGUCAAGUUGCCCCUUCUGCCCCACGAAGUUCGAGGAGCCGACAAAGUCAACACCUUCUCCAAGCAACUCCUGGAACCCUACAAGCCUCCCAACAAGUGACCCUCUCCGCAGGCCACGCCUCCUUCCAGCCCUUCUCAUGUCCUCAGCGCGACCCGCUCCGUCCCCGAGGGAGGGGACACCACCUGCAGCACUGAGACGGCGCCGCCCGCCCCCACCCCGUCCAGUCUUUGUUUCUCUGGCAGUCC